UAGUUGUGACUCUCGUUUUAUAUGCUUGUUUUGUGAUUUUCUUCAGGGAAACUUUGACCUUUAGAAUUAAAUGAGAGGCAGGGGGAUUUAGAGGGUUAUUGAAGGAUGGUGCUUCCAACUGUGUGUUGCUUCUCGGCGUGCCGGAAAAAUUAAGGAUGUGUUGUGUUGGGUAGGAAGAAAUACAACGUUAUGUUCGGGUCAUUUCAGAAACCACAGGAAAGGAAGAGGCUGGCCUUACAGCCAAGAGAGAAGGCACGGGACAGACAUUUUUGUAAUAUUUUCUUUCUCCGGGAGAAUGAGCGUUUGGUUGAUUCCCUGCCGGCUCCGCCUUUGGCAUAUCCACUCCUCCCUUCCUUUCAGAUCAACAGUACAGGGGGAUUUUUGCUAUGGGCAGCACAUUCCGUUUCUGAUUCUCCACACUUAAGAACAGUCAUGUGCUGGCGAGAGUUAAGAGGAUAGCUUCCUUCGUCCUUCAACCAGCUUGCUUAACUUUGUUCUCCAUUUGGCAUAAAACUUCUGGGCUGCAGAUGUGCCGAAGAAUUAUUUCUCUUUCAGUUAAACUGGAAUGUUUCCAGUAAUUAUCUGCAAGAAUCGCCAUGACCCCAGCUCUGAGGGAGGCAGCAACAAAGGGUAUCUGCUUUUCAUCUUUGCCAAGUGCCAUGGAGUCUGACAAGAUGCUCCGCAUGGAAAGUCCAAGAACUGUAGAUGAAAAGCUAAAGGGAGACACUUUCUUUCAGAUUCUAGGAUUUCCAACUGCUGAGCCAACUCUUAAUACAAAUUUUGUAAAUUUAAAACAUUUUGGCUCCCCUCAGUCUUCAAAACAUUGUCAGACAGUUCUUUUAAUGAGUUCUAAUUCUACAUUAAAUAAAUAUAAUGAGAAUUAUGAACAAAAAAAAAUAGAACCCAACUGUAAUAAGCUGAAAAACAUACUGUGUAAUGGCAGCAACAUUCAUCUCAGUAAAAUCUGUCAUUCUCAUUCUGAAGAGUUCAUGAAAAAGGAACCUUUAUCAGAUACCACAAGCCAGUGCAUGACAGAUGUACAAAAUGUUUUGGAUUCAAAUAUAACCAAAGACAGUAAAGUAAAUAAAGUACAACUGCAAAACUGUAAAUGGUACCAAAAGAAUGCAUUUUUGGAAAUAGAAACUGAUGGUGAGAUUAAAAAGGGUUUAUUGCACUGUGCUCAAAUGAAAAUUGGGCCUGACCAUUCAAGUAUGCUUAUUAGCUCCUCCUCAGCUGCUGAAAAGGAGGAAGAAGUGAGUGCUCGUUUACUUCAUUGUGUAAGCAAACAGAAAAUUUUACUCAGCCAGGCUAGAAGAACUCAGAAACAUUUACAGAUGCUCCUGGCAAAGCAUGUCGUUAAACACUAUGGUCAGCAAAUGAAAUUUUCUGUGAAACAUCAGCUCCCCAAAAUGAAGAUUGUUCAUGAACCUACUACAGUUUUGGAUAACAGUUUACUGAAAUGCACUGAAAUUAAGCCAGAAGUCAGUACGUUGACUGCAGAGAAUAAACUGUGGUACGAUACAAAAAAUGGGUUUGCACAGUGUACAACUGCAGAAAUCCAAAGAUUUGCACUGUCUGCUACAGGGUUGUUGUCUCAUGUUGAAGAAGGUUUGGAUUCUGAUGCAACUGAUAGCAGCUCUGAUGACGAUCAGGAUGAAUAUACUAUUAGAAAAAAUGAGGCAGUUAACUCUAGUACUGAAUGGAAGUGGCUUGUAGACAGAGCAAGAGUUGGCAGCCGAUGGACAUGGCUUCAAGCCCAGAUUUCAGAGUUAGAAUACAAAAUCCAACAACUAACGGAUGUACACAGGCAGAUUCGUGCCUCCAAGGGGAUCGUAGUCUUAGAAGAAUGUCAACUUCCAAAAGAUAUUUUGAAGAAACAAAUACAAUUUACAGACCAAGCAGCUUUGUUAAACACUGCAGAGACUCUUCAGCACCCCCAAGAGAGUCAAGAUUCUUUACCAGAACAAGAUUUUGAAAUGUCACCAAGCAGCCCUACACUACUUCUUCGAAACAUAGAAAAACAGAGUGCACAGUUGACUGAGAUCAUCAACAGUCUGAUUGCCCCUCUCAACUUGUCCCCAACUUCAUCACCCCUCUCCUCAAAAUCCUGUAGUCAUAAAUGUCUGGCUAAUGGCAUUUCCAGGAGUGCUUCAGAGAAUUUAGAUGAGCUCUCUUCCUCCAGUAGCUGGUUAUUUAACCAGAAGCACAGUAAGAAAAGAAGAAAAGACAGGACAAGAUUGAAAUCUCCAUCCUUGACUAUCAUGAGUACAGCAGCCCGAACAAGGCCACUUCAGAGUUUCCACAAACGAAAACUCUACAGAUUGAGCCCUACUUUUUAUUGGACUCGGCAGACUUUACCUUCAAAAGAAACAUUUUUAAAUACUACACAAAUGCCUUGCCUGCAGUCAGCUUCAACUUGGAGUAGCUGUGAACACAAUCCAAAGUCUCAGAUACUAAAAGAACACGUAUCAGAGCUGGAUUCCUCUUUUCAUUCUGUUUUGUCAUUGCCAUCAGAUGUGCCUCUUCAUUUUCACUUUGAAACACUGUUAAAAAAGACUGAAAUAAAAGGGGAUCUUACUGAAAACAAAUUUGUAGGAGAGUAUAACAUAUCUCCAUCACCUGUUUGUAGUACUUCUCUGAAUCACUGGAGAAAUGGAUAUUCACCUACAUGUAAACCUCAAAUAAGGUCAGAAUCUUCUGCACAACUGUUACAGGGAAGAAAGAAAAGACAUUUGAGUGAAACAGCAAUAGGAGAAAGAAACAGAUUUGAAGAAUUUGCUUUUCAACACAUAGAACCAGGAUCCCAUAGCAAUUUUAAUGUUACUAAUGUCAACGUUAUAUCAAGAACUCAGAAUUCAUCAUCACAAAAUACUGCAAGGCGGAGGUUGAGAAGUGAGAGCUCUUAUGACAUAGAUAAUAUUGUGAUUCCCAUGUCAUUAGUGGCCCCAGCUAAGUUGGAGAAACUCCAAUAUAAGGAAAUACUUACUCCAAGCUGGAGGAUGGUUGUUCUUCAGCCUUUGGAUGAACAUAAUUUAGGUGAAGAAGAGAUAGAAGAUCUUUCUGAUGAAGUCUUCUCCUUAAGACACAAAAAAUAUGAAGAACGAGAGCAAGCCAGGUGGUCACUGUGGGAACAAAGCAAGUGGCACAGAAGAAACAGCAGAGCUUAUAGUAAAAAUGUUGAAGGACAAGACUUGUUUUUGAAAGAAUACUCUAAUGACUUUGGUAGUAGUCAGCAAUAUACUGCUGAAAGUCCUGAGCUUCCUUCAGAAAGUCAAGAUCUUUGUGCACAUGGCUCACCUUCAUUAAAUGGAAGUCAAGAAACUAAGUCUUUGUGGUGGGAGCGACGGGCUUUUCCACUGAAGGAUGACGACACAGCAGCCUUAUUAUGCCAAGAUGAAAAAAACGAUCAGAUAGAAAGGUCAAGCACAGCCUUCCAUGGUGAAGUCUUCUAUACCACUGCACCAGAGAAUGGCCACCAUCCAAAAAAGCAGUCAGUAGACGGAAUGGAAGAUUACAAAACCUUUGGUCUAGGACUUACUAAUGUUAAAAAAAAUAGGUGACAGGGAACAGUUUGGUUAAGAAAACUAUGUAACUGAAGGGGAAACAGGAUUAAAAACAAGCAAAAACCCUGUUUUCAAACCUCCCACCCCUCCCCCAGUCACAAUUCCAGAAAAGAGCAUGUACCAUAUGUAUUAAUCGUUAUGCUGUUUAUGAAGCAGGCAAGAUAAAUCUUUUUUUCUUCUUGAACCACAGGAGUAACUAGCUUUUCACCUACAGACAAGUGCUAGUUAUUUAUGUUUAUCAUUGCAAAUCAGUAGCACCAAGAAAUUAACUGAUGCAAUUUGAUGUCAAAUCACAUUAGUGGGUAAAUAAUUUUUAAGAGAUUAUACACAUGCACACACCCCUGUGGGUCAAAUGACAGCUAUUCUUUUUGCUAUAAAUACAGUAUUUAAAGUAGCCUCAGAAAUAUAUUAGAAUAUACAUAUAUGUGUAUAUAGAAUAUGUAUACAUACAUACACGUUGUUUUUAAAAAACAAAAACAAAAAACCCUGGCAAUGACUCACUCCACCUGAAAAUGCAUAUAUGAAUUACCCCAUGAAAUGUAAGCUGCAGUAUAUAUAAAGAACCAUAGAUUUCCACUGAAAACAGACAGCUAAAAGUAUACUAUGGAGAAGGAAUUUUCUUUUUUUUAAACAUGUUUAGCCAAAAGUAGAAGUCAUUUAUGGAAAUUCCUUUACCAAUAACACAUUCAUUCAUUCAUUUGAAAUCACUGAUUUCUGCUGGACUAACCACAGGCUGUUUAACCACAGGCUGUUUUCUGUUCUCUCUUAACAGAAUAAGACAAGCAAAAUGGAGUUAAUACUGGUGCAUUUUAAACUGUCACAUCUUUGAAAACUUGAAUUGAGUUUUGCCCUCUUUAUUUUAGCUCCCACACUGUCCUCUAAGAACUCUGAUGUAUCUCAUGAUGAGAAGAGACCAAUUGAAAUGAACAACAGGAAAAUCAUAUCAGUAUAAAAUUAAAAUGUUAUAUUUCUAGCUCAUCUGGUCAUUCCUUGCCAUAUUAUUCUAUUCAAAUAAACAUGUAUUCCGACUUGCAUCCUAGAGAUUUAAAAUUUUUCAAAUAAUGCUUCAAUAUUGGAUACUGAAGAAUGUAUAUUACAGAAAAUCCUUUUUCAAGUUAUACCAUUUUUUCUAUGUGGAAGUUGAGGGCAACUUUAUAUGAAUCACUUUUUCUCAUGUAAAAAAUGUUAUUCAAGUUGUAUUACACAUGUAACUGACAAUCUUGGCCAGCUGGCCUAGUCUGUGGGAUUUAACACUAAGUUUUUGUUAAGGAUUGGAUAUUAUACUGGUCCCUUUAAAGGGGAAAAAAAUUCAAAUUUCAAAACUGACAAAUUUCUGCUUGUAGUUUCACUGUAUAUUUAUUUUUAAAGAAAAAGAAAACAAAAGCCGGACAAACCCAUGUUGUCCGGGCAAAUAAACUCAAAUCUUUCUGUCAUGUCACAUAUUAUAAUCUUCUAUGUAAGUUUUUAAUUAAAGUUAUUUCUAUAUGCCCUGUGUUGUCUGAUUUGAUUAAACCACCACCUAUAUAGCACAACCCUUUCCUAAGCCAAAAUACAAACAAAAAUUAUGAAACAAAUUCUUGUUUCAAAAAACAAAAGCAAGCUCUAUUCUACGCUUAAAUGUUAACAUUCUUGUUUUUCAUAUCUUAUUUCUUAAAGUUCAUAGUAACAAAGUUUAAUGACACUGGUCCCAUUAUUUCUUGCCAUAUUUUUACACAGC